CUGUUUUACCAAAAUUAAACCAAAUAAAACCAUUCGUGUAGUUUCAGUUUGACUUAAUGAAAUCUCUAGGUGACAAAUCCUGACCAAGACAGUACUCUGGAGGUACAAGAAACAGAGCCAAUCAAAGAAGAGCAAUCAACAGAGAAGAUGAAGAAGCAGCCAACACCAUUGAGACCAGUGGAGAGACAACUAAACGUGAAGAGCAAGGGUAUGGGCCAGUUUGGUGAUCAGUGGCUAAGCAGUGUCACACGUCACGUUAGGAUCUACGCUGCUUAUAUCGACCCCGAGACUUGUGAGUUUGACCAGUCACAAAUGGAUAAACUCACUUUGAUUCUUGACCCUACUGAAGAAUUUGUGUGGGAUGAUGAAAGCUGUAACAAGGUCUAUUCUUAUUUCCAAGAACUCGUCGAUCACUACGAGGGAGCACCAUUAACGGAGUACACAUUAAGAUUGAUAGGGUCGGAUGUAGAGCAUUACAUAAGGAAGAUGUUAUUUGAUGGAGAAAUACAAUACAAUAUGGAUGCAAGAGUUCUUAAUUUCAGUAUGGGAAAGCCUCGUGUUCAAUUCAAUACCAGUAACAUUGAAGGUGGUGGAGAUGGUCAGCCUCAAGAGGACGCAUAGUGAAACAACUCUAUUAAUAAUCAUGUAAUGGAGAUAUCUAAAUACAUACUUUUUAAAUUUCUUCUAUCACAA